CUGAAUCUUAUUUAUAUGACUCUGGAUAUUGUGAAGUGAAUAAAAAUGGCGUCAUCAAACGGUAAAGAGAGUUCCAAAAUAACAGCAUCUAUGGACAGUUUAAAACUAUCUAGCAAGAAUACAUCAGUGGGAUCAUCAAAGCAUGCUUCAUCCGAAUCCGUGCUGUCACGUAAAGACAAAGAAUGUCUACAAAUGCAAGAAUGCAAGAAGAAACUCUUAGCAAUGGAACCACAGAUUAUAAUAAGAGAUGAGAAUGUCGUGUUAAGAUCACCGCCUCAAAAAAAGAUUGUUAUGCCGCCACCGAUCAAUCCAGAGGAACUGGCAGCAGCAACACCAACACAACGUAACUGGCGAGGCAUCCUCAUCGCACUCCUGGUGAUAGCAGCGGUACUUGGACUGAUCGUGUUCAGCAUAGCAUUACUGACGCCUGCGGGGGACGGAGGCAGGGUGAAGGGCAGGCGGCCCACGUUGAACGACGUGCUUACUGAACACUAUAAGCCUUUCAAUGGAACUUGGCUUACAGACGAGGAGCUAGUAUUCCGUGACCGUUGGGGUGGACUGACCUUGUUCAACGUACGCAACUACACCACCAGACUGCUUAUGAAUAACUCUACAUUUAGGGAGUUGAACGCAGUAGACUUCAAAGUAUCGGCAGACCUGAAGUUUGUACUACUCAUAUCGGACGUCCGGCGAGGCUGGAGACAUGCUAGGCUGGCCCGCUACCACGUCUAUGACGUCAUUACUAGGAACAAAAUACCAAUAUCACCAGUUGAAGACGACCGAUCUGCCCCACUGCUGCAGUACGCCGAAUGGUCUCCGGUCGGGUCUAGUCUGGUAUUCGUGCAUGACAACGACAUCUAUUACAAACCCCGCAUACUAAAGACACUCGUCUGUAGGAUUACUAAUACGGGAAUCCCCGGAGUUAUUUUCAAUGGUGUACCGGACUUCCUCUACGAGACGGAAGUGCUACGCUUAGACCGUGCAUUAUGGUUCAGUCCGGACGGACAGACGUUACUCUACGUGACAUAUAACGACAGCCUGGUACAACAACACAAGUAUCCCUGGUACGGGUUGGACCAGCAAGAACCACCUGCGUACCCAACCAUUAGGACGCUUAGGUAUCCUAAGGUGAAUACCAACAAUCCAAUGGUAACGGUGUACGUGGUCAGCUUGAAGACACCCAAGUUCCUGUUCCCGCAUCCCAUACAGUUUACGUCGCAAGUUGACAAAAGUUGGUACGUAAGAUGGACAAGUUGGUUGACUGAGAAACAAAUCGGAGUUCUACUACUCAACCGACCACAGAAUGUUUCCAUCAUCAGCAUCUGUAGCGCAGUACAUUACAACUGUCAAGACAUAUUCCGUGACGAGUCAGAUGGCACACGGUGGUCGGGUUUGGGCGCAGACCCGGUGGAAGAGUGCGGUUGGUGUGGCGGUGGUGCACUAGUGGGUGGGCCGGCGGGAGUUUUUACCUCCGCGCCUAUCACCGACCAGGGCGGCAUAUGGCGACACGCGGUGCAAUUGACCACAGAGACCAGGAUAACCUUGACUCAAGGCAGCUUUGAAAUCACCCAGUUGGCCGGUUGGGAUGAGAGAAGAAGACUUUUAUACGUGAUAGGCACGGCUCCUGAGAAGGCAGGCGAGCGACACUUGUACCGUGUGUCGGUGCCGGCUGACGGUAGCUGGCCUCCACCUCCGCACUGUCUCACUUGUACAUACGCUCAGCCGCCUGACACAAUGCAACUUACUACAGAACCCCCAGUUGACGAAAUGGAAUACGAGAAUUCAACAUCGUCUCUCCCCGCCUGGCCAACGUCCACAGUAUUGCCGCACGUGUCUCACGAGAACGAUACUCUGCCCACACUGUGUCUAUACAACAGGGUCAUAUUCAGCAAGAACUUCUCUUAUUACGUACAGGAAUGUUUAGGUCCGGGUCCUCCAGCAACCUUCCUGUGCUCUGCCAACGGCGUGCGACGCUCCGUGCUGUGGGACGGUCAGCCACUAAGGCAGAAGUUUGCGGCACUCGCUACACCACAGUUCAAAGUUUUUAGAGUCGAGGUGCAAGCACAUCGCGAGGCUAGAGUUCGUCUGCUGCUGCCACCAGGAUUGAGAGAAACUGAUGACCUGCCCCUACCGCUGGUUUUACAUGUUUCAGCGGAGCCUGGCGGUCAGUUAGUGACAGAGAGAUGGAGGCCUGACUGGGGCUGGUAUCUAGCUUCGGCUAGGAACUUCAUCGUGGCUGAGAUAGAUGCGAGAGGAUCUGGUGGACAGGGUGAGGAGCUAAGAACGGAAAUAUACCAGAAGAUGCUGUCAGUAGACGUAGAAGAUCAAAUAGCUGUACUAUCCUACCUGCGCGAUAACUUGAAGAUGGUAGACGGGUCGCGCGUGGGCUUGUGGGGGCGCGGCUACGGCGGCGGCGCUGCUGCUGCGGCGGCAGCGGGCGAUGCGCGCAACGUAACACGCUGUCUAGCCGCAGUUGCGCCCCUCGCUGAUCUGCGCCGGCAUAACUCAUACUGGACGGAGAGGUACGGUGGCGCGGCUGCGGGCGGAGCUGGAGGUGCAGUGUGGCGUCGAGCGGGUAAUCUACCACCGCGGCGGGUCCUGCUUGCACACGCUACUGCAGAUGAGCGCGCACCUCCAGACCAUGCUCUUGCUCUAGCACGCGCGAUGGUCAGAGCACAGGCGCUGUAUACACACCAGAUCUAUCCAGAUGAGGGGCAUUAUUUUGAAAGGUCGUACAUGCAUCUCCAUAAGACAAUGGAACAAUUCUUCGACGAAUGCUUCGGUCCAGUGGAACUAGCAGACUGGGACGCAGGUGGUGUUGGCGGUCUUUUUCCAUUCCGAGACUAGGAAUAGUUAGAACGGGGACUUCAAAUAAACUGAGAAACUAAAGACAAGCGUCGAGCAUAAACAAUGUGUCAAAUUUGACAUUUAUGUCACAGAUUAAAUGUUCUAUGUAUAAUAUGAAAGUGUCAUGGCAUUUUUUGAACGUUUGCAUUCGUGAUCAACGUAAUAUUACGUUCAGAACGCAUUUGGUGAAGAUAUUUGUAUGUUGGUUGCAUUUAUUUAGAUAUAUCAAUAAAGGCUCAUGAUUUACAGUUUGGAUACGAGUAUCAGGUUCGAAGGCAGUAAAAUACAUUUUUUAAAUGUAACAAUUUCUAUCCUAAAAUUAUAAAUUCUCGAGAGAAAUACACAUCAAAGCAAGAUAGUUGAGAACAAGUUAUGAUUCAAAUUGUACUUACCUAAGUU